AUGUCUGACACAAAGGCAAUGCGAGUCGCCGGUAACACCCUUACCAAGGAAGAACAAAGGCAGCUUCUGGAGGCCAUCCUUCCAGCCUGUCAACCACAAGAAGGAACCCCACAGAACACCUUCACUCACAGUGAAUUGGAACAGUUGAAGAGUGCCAUUGCCAAUCUCGAAAUUGGGCCUCGCGCCAAGAAGGAAGAGACUAAGCCCUCCAAUACAAUCGAUAUUCGCGAUUUCCAAUCCUUUUCCGCACCACCACAAGACGGUUUUGAUGAGUGCUGUCCACCACAAGAUGGUGAUUCUGAUGAGUGUUCACCUCAAGAUGGCGGAGACAUGACAUGCUUCAAGGAAGAGGAGCCAUUGGAUUGGUAUGGAUCACCCCGAUUCCAUCCCCAAUCCUACCUUGCUAGAGAGUUCCGAGAGACUGUCCGAUCUGGAAGAUUCACCACACCUACCAAUGGUGUCUGUCCCGGUUUUUUGCAAUGCAACUUGGUGGUGCUACCACAGGGACCUAUUGCUUUUGACUUUUUGCUGUUUUGUCAGCGCAAUCCCAAGGCAUGUCCAUUGAUUGACGUUUGCGACGUUGGAUCUCCCUAUUGCCCAGGAGUGGCACCCGGAGCAGACCUGCGAACAGAUGUACCAAAAUACGCUAUUUACCGAGAUGGCAAGCUAGACAAGGAGGUGACUGAUAUCACAGACUAUUGGCCCGAGGAAUCGGUUGCCUUUUUGAUUGGAUGCAGUUUCUCCUACGAUGGGGCUCUCAUGAAUGCUGGCAUUCCAUUGAAGAGUGCCGAACAAGGCAAGAAUGUUCCCAUGUACCACACUGGUCUGAAGUGCCGUCCAGCUGGCGCUCUCAAGGGAAACAUGGUGGUUUCCAUGAAGCCCAUUCCUGCCAUGCAAGUUGCCAAGCACAUUGAGAUCACCAACAAGUACACCCAUGCCCAUGGGGGGCCUGUCACAGUGGGAAGUGCUGCUUCCAUUGGUGUCAAGGAUGUUAGCAAACCGGAAUGGGGAGAUUCCAUUGACAUUGCUGACAAUGAAGUGCCAGUCUUUCAUGCUUGUGGAGUGACACCCCAAGCAAUCUUGAUGGAAAGCAAGGUGCCCUUUGCUAUUACGCACGCUGCUGGACACAUGUUUGUUACUGACCUGCCUUCCGAUUUGGGAGUCUAA